GCACUGAGCUAAGGGGACCGCGCUAGGCAGAACACCGGCUCUCUGGCCAGAGACGGGGACCCGAGUCUGAAAGCUGGUGACACUGGGUUGCAGGUGCGCGGCGACCCCGAGCGCUAAGCGGAUCCCGAGAGCGCGCGGCUCAGCCCCGAGCAGGGGCUCCCUAGACUACCCUCCUGCCUCCAGGAAUCAGAGGUGCCGCUUUUCCUCGCCCCCAGCUGCAGCGGCGCCACCAUGGAGUCCCCGGUCCAGAUCUUCCGCGGGGAUCCGGGCCCCACCUGCGCCCCGAGCGCCUGCCUGCUUCCCAACGGCAGCGCCUGGUUCCCGGGUUGGGCCGAACAGGACGGCAACGACAGCGCGUCCUCCGAGCCCGCGCAGCUGGAGCCAGCGCACAUCUCCCCCGCCAUCCCGGUGAUCAUCACCGCCGUCUACUCCGUGGUGUUCGUCGUGGGCUUGGUGGGCAACUCGCUGGUCAUGUUCGUCAUUAUCCGAUACACAAAGAUGAAGACCGCAACCAACAUUUACAUAUUUAACCUGGCUUUGGCAGAUGCUUUGGUUACGACCACCAUGCCUUUCCAGAGCACAGUCUACCUGAUGAACUCCUGGCCGUUCGGGGACGUGCUGUGCAAGAUUGUCAUCUCCAUCGACUACUACAACAUGUUCACCAGCAUAUUCACGCUGACCAUGAUGAGCGUGGACCGCUACAUCGCCGUGUGCCACCCCGUGAAGGCGCUGGACUUCCGCACGCCCUUGAAGGCAAAGAUCAUCAAUAUCUGUAUUUGGCUUCUGUCAUCUUCUGUUGGCAUAUCUGCCAUAGUGCUUGGAGGCACCAAAGUCAGGGAAGACGUGGAUGUCAUUGAGUGCUCCUUGCAGUUCCCGGAUGACAACUACUCUUGGUGGGACCUCUUCAUGAAGAUCUGUGUCUUUGUCUUUGCCUUUGUGAUCCCUGUCCUCAUCAUCAUCGUCUGCUAUACUCUGAUGAUCCUGCGCCUGAAGAGUGUCCGGCUCUUGUCUGGCUCCCGAGAGAAAGAUCGCAACCUCCGCCGCAUCACCAGGCUGGUCCUGGUGGUGGUGGCGGUUUUCAUCAUAUGCUGGACCCCCAUUCACAUCUUCAUCCUGGUGGAGGCCCUGGGCAGUACCUCCCACAGCACGGCUGCCCUCUCCAGCUAUUACUUCUGCAUCGCCCUGGGUUACACCAACAGCAGCCUGAACCCCAUUCUCUAUGCCUUUCUUGAUGAAAACUUCAAGCGCUGUUUCAGGGACUUCUGCUUUCCAAUUAAGAUGAGGAUGGAACGUCAGAGCACGAGCAGAAUCCGAAAUACUGUUCAGGACCCGGCCUACAUGAGGGAUGUGGAUGGGAUGAAUAAACCAGUAUGACUAGUCGUGGAGAUGUCGUCGUAUAGUUCUCCAGGAAGAGAAGAGUUCAAUGAUCUAGGUUUAACUCAGAUUACUACGGCAGUCUGAGGUGGAAAGCUAGAAUUUUUAGUAAACUUUUAGAAAUCUCAUGGCCUGAGGUCAUCAGAUGCAGGCUGCAUCAGCAAUCCAAGGCAGUGGACCGUCCAGUUGGAGGACAAAAGAUGUGACUCUUCCCUUGGGGGGAAGCAGGGAAGCAAGGCUGACUCCCCGUUCCUCUGAUGAACAAAGGGACAGGCCCUUUUCUUUUGGCUGCCUAGAUUUAGUGCAGCACCCGUCUGCACUAUGCAAUGUGGUUUCAAAAGCUCUGCUUCAAAAAAAAGAAAAAGAAAAAUGUUGGUUUCAGAACUAGUGGGCAUCCAAUCCAGAGGUUUAACAUGGACCACAACGACCUCUAAGAAUGAGAACCAUUUCCAUGCCCACUCACUUUGCAUUGUGUGGACAUGCAUUUCAUGUGGCUGUGUUGUGAGGAUUCCAGCUUGAGUAUGACUUAAAUCUGCACCUGAAGUAUCUGAUAUUCAUGGAUAGGGCAUUAUUUUCCUAUUUAUGAAAUCAUUUAAACAUGCAAAAGUGGUUUCUGACAUGGUUUAAUU